GAGCGCCCCGAGUCUGCGCGCAGUACUUUUACCUCGACCCAGAAACCACCUCGUCGAGUUGAUCCAGUUGUUUGUUUGACUCGAUCGGACCAAUUUUCCGACCUCCCUUUCUUCUCGACUACACACUCCAUUUCUGUAGCUCCCUGGACUGGCGCCAUAUGGCCGGUGCCUCUUCACCGGCAUACGCAUGCGCGUGUCUCAACGUCCGGAUACACCGCGCCUCGCCACCGCCCGCCUCACAAGACUCGACUCCACCCGCAGCAGCCGCGACGGAGAAUGAGUUUACACGGGUCUAUGUUGGUGAUGAGGGGAUAUCCAUCCUAUCGGUGUAUCGCGUUCAUCAGGUCGUCUCUUUGGAUGCGGACAGCAAGGAUGGGCCCUCGAUACCUGCGGAAGAUUGGGUCGAGCGAGAUAUUCUCAAAUCGUCUUCAGGUUGGAUCGAGGUGCACAGACGAUGUUUGACCGGAAAGUCCAUUGCACAGGCCCAGUCGUCCCUUUCCUACUCGCCGCUGUUCUCUAUGAUCGUUCCGACUAUCACGAAACCGGUGGAGCCCCCGACACUGGAAGAAAUCCCACCGAUGUCUUACCUGACACACUUGACCAAUCUCUUCCUUCCACCGCCCUUCACGCCCAGUCACCCUGUAUUUUCUCAUCUCGCUUCGCUCGCCAAAAUACAGUCAGAUGCCCGUCGAGCGGCCCUCGACCAGGAGAUCGCUGAUUUUGUUCGCGCGAAGACCGCGGAACUGGCGCAUACCGAAGCGGUGUUGCGAUCGCAAGUCGAAGCCUUGUGGCGCAAAUUCCACGAGGGAUUAGAGGCGGCAGAAAGUCUAGGCAUGGCAGCAGGGGUCGUGUCGCCUCGGUCACCGCGCUCGCCUGGCCCUGGCCACAACUCACGCACCACCUCAAUAAGCGUACCCGCAUCAUCUGUCACGCGCGACUUUGAGCCGCUUCCCGUCCCCCCCACACGCUCAUCUCCCCCCGUUGCGAUUGCCUCCUCUUUGUUGACGCGUGCAGGGCAGCAUCUGCCACGUGCAGCACCGGCUACCCCGAUCCGACCGCCCUCAGCACACUCUGGUUCGAGCCGGACGUUGACAGGGAGUUCUCCCACGCUAGCUGGAUCGCCUCAUGUGCCUCCGAGGCCGUUUGAGGGUUCUUCCGUGAUCCAGUUCCGGAGGCAGAUGGACGAGGAGAUCAAUACAGUGGCCAGUUAUCGUUGUGGAACCACCCCCCAGGCUGGCCCCAGUAAAGUGAACGGCACAAAUGGCACGACUGAAAAACCGCAAGAACCAUCGCCAACAAAGGACAAGGGGAAGCGGAAGGUGGUCACGUUCGACUCUCAACCAGCGGUCGUUACCAUCAAGCGGGAGGUGAAGGCCGAGAUUGAGGAGGAGAAACGAUUGGCGCAGAAUGAAUCUGAAGAGAUGGUUUUCGAUUUGGAGACGGACGACGAUGGCCAGCAAGCUGAUGCUGAACACCUCGCCAUCAAAUUGGUCGAACCAGAACAGCCACGAGCGCAGCAAAUCAGAGCCUCCCGGCGGAAAGUGUCAGACGAUCCGUUGGGCCUUCCGCAGUCUUUUGCGGCUCUACGCUCGGCAUCUAUGCCGAUACCUUCGACAAUAAACAAGAUAUGGUCAACUGAGCCAUCAAAUGACGAAGAGCUUCACGAGGAGCCGUCAGAGGAGGACGACCAAGUGCCAGAGAUGGAGGUGUACGACUCGCGUGAUCUGGAGAUCCGGAAAAUGGUCGGUGCCAGCCUUCCCAGCCAUCGGCGAGGCUGGUCGAAAAACGGCGUGACCUGGAAGUCAUUCGUCACACGAGGGCGAGCACCGGGGGAUGAUCAGAUCGAUGCUGAUGUUGAGGCUGCGGCUCCCCCAGUGGCGAAUGGACUCCCCGGAUCAAUGCCUAUCGCCAUGCGCUCUCUGACGCAGUCACAUCCGGUGCUGAGCCUUGCUUCGUACCGACCACCAGGUCCCUCAGAUCCCCGGCUGCAAGAAGACACGCAUAUCCCGUCAAGCUCUGUGCGGAAGCAGCUCUACAUCGAACGAGACAUGAUCCGAGGGAUCGACCCUGGUGCCUUGGAUUUCGCCACGGACGACGAGGACGAGGACGGCCUUCUUCCCGCUCCGGCUCCCGUCAACGUCGUUGUGCCUGACAGCACGCUCUCGCCACAUCCAAAUGACAUGACUCUGGACACGGAGCUUGGCGCGGAUGACGGGAGCGGCCGUCAAUUGGCAUUGAAGAUCCUCCAGGCUCGCAACGAGCUGCCUGAUUCCGGCAUGUGGCGCAGUCUCGCAUCCUGAUCCCAGCCAGUCCUGCCGGCAAUAUACACAUCACUUGAUUCACUGCUUUCCCUGCAUAUAUAUCAUUCAGCCUGCAUAUUCACUCGCAUUUAUCUUGCCAUGGUAAUUGUACAUAUUCUGAUCUACGCUCCAAAUAAGAGUGAUCGAGAAGCGGAGAUUUCCUUUUUCAGUGAGAUUGAAGUGGCUGUCUAUUGAGCAUAGUGAAGUGUGGCAUUUUAAAGUGUAGUAACACCCCUUUCGAAUGUUCCGUCGAUGAAUGGCUUGUUACCU